AUGGCAACUUUAUCAUUCAUUCCAGUGUACCCUGAAGAAAAUUGCUUUUCGAUUGCAAGUCAAGCACUUAAACUUACUACAGAAGAGGAUAUUACACCACAUCUUGAUGCCAUUCUCAAGAUUUCUGCCGUUAACAAGAUAGAUUUAUCUGGUAAUACCUUAGGUAUAGAUGCUUCAAAGGCCUUAGCUAAAUUGAUUGCUUCAAAUGAAUCAAUUUAUAACAAUUUAAAAGAAGUCAAUUUUGCUGAUCUUUACACUUCUCGUCUUGUUGAUGAAGUGGUCGAAUCCUUAAAUGUUCUGUUACCUGCAUUUUUGAAAUGUCCUAAAUUGACAAUUGUUAAUUUAUCUGAUAAUGCAUUUGGCUUAAGAACAAUCGAUUCUCUAGAAUCUUAUAUUUCAAAUGCAACUGCCUUAGAACAUUUGAUUCUAAGUAAUAAUGGUAUGGGUCCUUUUGCAGGCGAACGUAUUGGGAAAGCUUUGUUCCAUUUAGCUAAGAAUAAGUUAAAAUUAACUCCACCAGCUCCUUUAUUAAGCACUUUUAUCUGUGGUAGAAAUAGAUUGGAGAACGGUUCCUCUUUAUAUUUAGCCUUAGGUUUAAAGGCUCAUGCUGCAGGUUUAAAAACUGUUAAAUUAUAUCAAAAUGGUAUCAGACCUCGUGGUAUUAUGAAUUUGAUUCAUUAUGGGUUUAAAUAUAAUACUCAUUUGGAAGUAUUAGAUCUACAAGAUAAUACAUUGACUAAGACCGCAUCUUUGAUGCUUGCUGAAAACUUACCUAUUUGGAAGGAUGUCCUUGUAGAAUUGAAUUUGAAUGAUUGUUUAUUGAAAAAGGAUGGUGCUGAUGCAAUCAUGGAUGUCUUCACUAAAUUAACAUUCCCACAUUUGAAGGCUUUGAAACUAGAAUUUAAUGAAAUUGUUCAAUCUACUAUUGAAGAGAAAUUGUUGAAGGCUUUAGAGUCUAAGAAAUUGCCGGAAUUGAAAGUAUUACAAAUUAAUGGUAAUGUUUUGGAAGAGGACUCUGAAGCACUUGAUACUUUGCAAGGAAUGUUCGAUGACUUGGAAUUGGAUGAUUUAGAAGAAUUAGAUAGUGAUGAGGAAGAGAGUGAUGAGGAAGAUGAUGAAAAUGAAACAUUCCAGAGUGUCGAGACAGAUCUGUUAGAGAAGGAUCUAUCGCAAUUAGAAAUUGACUCUUUGAUUGCUGAUUUAGCAAAAGCCUCUAUUUAA